AUGGCUACCUGCUCCCGGCCAACCUCUCGAACCCGCUCCCCAAUCAAUCAGGGAGAGCUGGAACCCCAACUUCCGCCAGCCACCUAUGUUGAACUUGGGGAAGUAUCCCUCGAGCGGAUCACAAGCCUCCUCCUUGGCCUCCUUGGCCAAGUUGAGCACCUCAAACAGAAGGUUGAAGAAGUCCAAGAAGCAGGGGUUGAGGCCCGUACCAACCUUGAGAACAUCUCUCAAGCCGUCAAUACUGUCAAGGAUGGGCUUAGAAGCCUCCAACUCCACGGGCCAAGGACCCCAGAGGAUACCAAGCCUCCGGUCGUGGAAGCAACGCCACGCCCCCUAUCAAAAGUCAACCCUAUUGGAUCAACUAGUUGGGUCUCAUUCUGGCCCGAACCAUCCAAAGGGCUCCCCGUCUUUGCCCAACCCACUCCCGUACAAGCAGUGCCCCCGCAAGUCCCAUCUCCCCCUCCAUCUCCCCCUCCAUCUCCGCUUCUCCAAUCCCCGAUUGGAACAGCUGCCCCUCCUCCUCCGGCUCCAGUCGCCACCUACCCCGCUCCGGUCAAGGUUGACCACCCCGACGCCUACACAGGCAAAAUAGGGAGCAAGGCCAAACAAUGGCUGACUAGGAUGUUGGCCUGGACCCGUCUCAAUGCACGGAUGUUCCCUACCAACCAGGAGGUAUUAUCCUUCCUCCUGAUGAAUAUGAAGGACUCCGCCAGGGCCUGGGCCCAUCCGCACCUUGACCAGCUCGGAUCACACCGGGCCAUCAUUCAAACGGUUGAAGGUUUCAAGUUGGAAUUCUUGGCAGCGUUUGGCGACCCUGAUGCCACAAGGGCCGCAGAGCGGAAAAUCACCACUCUUACCCAGUCCGGCACAUGCGCAGACUACAUCACAAAGUUCAGGACCUUGGCCAUGGAACUGGACUGGAAUGACGCGGCCCUUCAAGGCCAGUUUGCCCGUGGCCUCCAUUGGGAGGUCAGCCGCCAAAUUGCCACCCGUGAACACCGCCCCCGUACCCUCCUUGAGCUGCAAAACGCAGCACUUGUCAUCAACAACGCUCUCCGUGAAGAGCGUGCUAGCCAUCCGCCAAAGGAUAAUAAGUCUAGCAGACCAUCCAACCCUGCAAGGGGGACGAGUACCGGCCAGUCAACUACCGGUUCAAAGAAACUCUCCAACAACCCUAACUUCGUGUUGGAAGAGGAACAAAAUUGCCGCUGUGCCGCUGGCGCUUGCAUCAAGUGCGGUAAAAUGGGCCACAAGUUUGCGGAAUGCCACACGGGCUGGAAAGCCACCCCUAUUGAGGAAAAAGGGAAGGCUAAGGAAACCGCCAAAAUUGGCGAAGACUCUGAAUCCCAAUUGGGAAAAGAUCACAAUAGAAUCUCCCCCUUAUUUACAAUUUCCAUCAAACCAGAGAAAAAAGCGGAAUACUUAGAAGUCCUGAUUGACUCAGGCGCCACCUCUUCAUUCAUGCACCCCCGUACCGCGGAAUCACUCCGCCUCCCACUUAUAGACCUCCCUUCACCCCGCACUGUCACUAUGCUUGAUGGGUCAAGCCCCCAGGCUGGAAAGAUUUGGAAGAAGGCCCACCUAACCUUCCUAAUUGAUGGCAAACGCAUGACGGAAACCUUCCUGAUUUGCAAUACCGGAUCACACGCUGCCAUCUUAGGAAUCAAAUGGUUAGAGAACCAUAAUCCCAAAAUUGAUUGGAACUUGCGCACCCUCUCAUUCCCUCACACGCCCCCAGAACACAUAGCCAUUGCCAAAGAGGAGGAAGCUGACAAAAACCCCCUUGAAGGAGUACCCUCCAAGUACCAUCAAUAUGCAAAGGUAUUUGGGGAGGAAGAAUUCAAUAAGCUCCCCCCUCAUAGGCACUACAACAUUGGUAUUGAACUUACGGAAGAAGGCCCCUUGAACUCACCCCUUUAUAGCAUGACCAAUGCCAAAUCCGCUACACUCAAGGAUUGGCUCAGGGACGAGCUCAAAGCUGGAAAAAUCCGUCCCAGCAAGUCGUCAAUCAGCUCCCCGGUUAUGUUUGUACCAAAAAAGGAUGGUUCUUGCCGCCUGGUUGUGGAUUACCGCCACCUCAACAAUUGUACAAAGAAAAACGUUUACCCUCUACCCAGACCAGACGACCUUAUGGCCCAGCUCCGCGGUGCCAAGGUCUUUACUAAGUUGGAUCUACGCUGGGGGUAUAACAACAUACAAGUAAAGGAAGGUGACGAAUGGAAGACCGUGUUUUGCACCAAAUACGGUCUAUACGAGUCCCUAGUAAUGACUUUUGGGUUGACAAAUGCCCCUGCCGCCUUUCAACAUUUUAUGAACAAACUAUUCAAAGAUUUGCUGGAUGUAUGCGUCAUCAUCUACCUUGAUGACAUCCUAAUCUACUCUAAGGAUGACGCAUCUCACACGCAACACGUUCAUGAGGUCCUAAAGCGGCUAAUGGAAAAUCAAUUGUUCUGCAAGGCGUCCAAAUGCACGUUCCACGUCACCUCCGUAGAAUAUCUGGGAAUCAUUGUAUCAGAUAAGGGUUUUAGUCUGGACAAGCUCAAAAUCCAGGCUGUCCAAGAGUGGCCUACGCCCACCAAGGUUAAAGAAGUUCAGUCCUUCCUUGGAUUUGCAAACUUCCUACAACGCUUUGUCGCCAACUUCAGUCACAUGGCCAGGCCGUUACAUAACCUGGUCAAGAAAGUGUCGUGCACCACUGUAAGGUGGGCACACGCUAGUGGAGUCGGGCGCUUGAGGCCGUACUACUACAAGUAA